AUGUUGGGGCGGCUGCGGGAGCUACGGAGAGCGAGGAGCCGCGGCGCUAGGCAGAGGGUGAAGGCGCCGCUGGCCGGCCCACCCGGCCCUUUCCGUGCCGCUCCCGCUGGAGUUUGCAGAGGAACUGGCAGGCCUGGCAGGGACUCCGGCAGGGGCAUGCACAGCACUCGGUUUGACAGCUUCCUGGGCCAGCUCCGCUGGGAACUGCCCUGUGGCCGGGAUACAGGCUCACCCCCAAUGCCUGGUCCCCUUCCACCACCCCCCAAACCCGGGCCACGUGCCAGCCACCGGCUCAGGGCCUCAGAUGCCUUGGAAGAGGACUCCGUCUGCUGUGUGGAGGAAGAGGAGGAAGACGGUAUGGUGACAGGAGACAGGGGUGUAGCCUUGGAGGGCCCCAGAGAGCAUACCUUGGACUGGGACUCUGGCUUUUCUGAGGUGUCAGGCAGCACAUGGAGAGAGGAAGAGCCGCCUGUACGUCCAGCACCCCCAGCAUGGCGCCCCCACAGACAGCGCCUCUCAGCCAGUGGCACCCCCCCGUCCAGCAGAGCCCCUGUGGCUAGGGCACCACCCGCCCACCGACCACGGCCCAAGUCCACCCCAGAUGCCUGCCUGGAGCAUUGGCGGGGCCUGGAAGCUGAGGACUGGACAGCAGCCCUGCUGAGCAGAGGUCGAAGUCGCCAGCCCCUGGUGCUGGGGGACAACUGCUUUGCUGACCUGGUGCACAACUGGAUGGAGCUGCCCGAGGCGGCAGGGGAGGGGGACCACGGGGGUGGGCCGCGUGCCCGUGCUCGGCCCCCCCAGUUCCUGCUUGGCCUCUCUGAGCAGCUGCGGCGCCAGCUGGCCAGGGCCCGCCGGGCGGCCAUGGCCGGAAAGCGACUGUCAUGCCCACCUCGAGCAGAGCCUGAACUGCCCACAGACGUCUCGCGCUUUGCAGCCCUCAUGAGCUGCCGCAGCCGCCAGCCCAUCAUCUGUAAUGAUGUUGUCAGCUACCUCUGA